UUCCACGCCUGUGUUGACCUGUAGGGGGCACUAAACACUCACUCUGCGCCAAGUCAACACGUUUUGCAAUACCUCAUAGCUUGUCCCUCGCUGGUUUCCGUAGUCAUUGGGAAAAACAUGGCUUCACACACAAGCAAGGCAUUUCUGUCGCUAGGUCGAAUAAAUGCUUCUGGUCUUGGACUGCAGAGACCAGUAAGCAGAGUCACAUACGCGACGGAUUCGUCUGUAAAUGCUUCUGCUGGAAAUAAAGGCCUUCCUGAUAGAGGCGGUAGAGGAUUCUUGAGAAGACCCAGGAGAACUGCAGGGGAGCCCAGGACAGAAAAGAUGCCGGUGGAUCAGGACUGGACUGCAGUCUAUCCAGCAGCAGCCAUCUUCAGACCGAGCUCCGUCCCCCUGCCUGUGAGGAUGGGCUACCCUGUGAGGGGGGGCGUUCCUCCAGAGAGGAAGGGCAACUUGGAGCUGAUCAAGAUACCAAAUUUUCUGCAUUUGACACCGGCGGCCAUCAAGAAACACUGUGAAGCUCUGAAACCCUUCUGUACAGAGUGGCCCUCUGCCUUGGACACCGACGCCAGAUGUGACGAGCUCUUUCCCAUCAAAGUAGAAAGCACAGACUACGUGGCCGACGGCCCGUCCGUCCGAAACCCUUCAGCUCGCGUCGUUCACCUCAAAGUAAAGCUGUCCAGUUUGAAUCUGGACGACCACGCACGCAAGAAAAUGCUCAAACUUGCCGGGAAGAGAUACUGCAAAGAUACCAAUGUACUCACCAUCGCAGCCGACAGCUGCCCAUUGAGACAGCAGAAUCAGGACUACGCCAUGUACCUGCUCACUGUCCUUUACCACGAGUCUUGGAAAACGGAGACCUGGGAGGCUGAGAAGACCCUGGCAGACAUGGAGGAGUACAGCUGGGACGACAGCCCGUCCCAAAGGAAUGUCUUGGAUAUGCUAGUACGCAUGAAAGCGGCCGGGGAAGGAGAAGGCGAGGAAGUGCGAGAGCAGCUGCUGGGUAGAAGAGAGGUGCAGGAGUACAAGGACUCCGUCACCAGGUUGAAGAAUGAAGGAGAGAGCGAGAGCACCAUGCUGCAGUACAAAGAGGCCGUCAAGAAAGUGCUCAACCUGUAAUACAGAUUCAUGUGCAAAUGGAUUCACACGGAGAUGGAAACCAAGAGCACCAGGGUCCACGAAAAUAUGAAAUACUUUGGACUCCAUCUACGUACCAGUGACAGAUUACUUUAGAUAAUUACUGUUCCAUUAUACAUAGUACAACCUCAAGGGUUGGAUGAUGCUGUCUUUAAUACAAAAAUAAAAGCAUAAUGUACACUGUU